GCGCCGCCUCGUUCACAAGUGCCACUGCUACCGUGCCACGUCCACCUCACUGCCUCACCGCCUCCUCCCUACCUCACCUUUCGUUGCCUCACCUUCUUGCCUCAGUCCGCCAUGCACCACCCUUCUAAUCAAUAGUGAAGUGAACAGCACCUACACGUGAAAGGAGAGAGAGACAAAUAUCUCCACCCGGCCGGUGAAUCGAACCCUGGUCCUCUGGCUUGUGAAGCCAGCGCUCUAACCACUGAGUGCAAGCAAGGGAAGCAACAAAGAAGAGUGGAGGGAAGGCAGCUUAUUACCGACAAGAUGCUAAGUGUGCGAAUAAAACAUCUUGUAUUUGUGCACACACGCCCACACCCUCCGCCCACGUCCACUCCCUCACAAUCCUCUACCUCACGACUGUUGAAGAGGAGUGAGAAGUAAAUAAGAGUGCAAGAGUGCAAGCAAGGGAAGCAACAAAGAAGAGUGGAGGGAAGGCAGCUUAUUACCGACCAGAUGCUAAGUGUGCGAAUAAAACAUCUUGUAUUUGUGAUGGCGUGGUGGUGGUGGUGGUGGAGUGGGCAGUGUCACGCCAUAAAAACUACCAUGACUACACCGUCUACUGAACUGCCGUCGUGUAGAAUGGGUUACAGUAGUCAAGAAUACUACCCGACGGAGGCAGGCUACUACAACCACCAGACUUGCUUCUUCUGCUACCACUUUGUUCCGCGGCACAGGAGGAAGGUGGAUCUGCAGGUGGACCACGUGGCUGUAACGCUCAGUGAUGGAAGAACACUCGCGGACUUCAUUUUCCGGGUUGAGAAUGCCACCUACCACUUUGACCCGGAGGACGAGGAGGCGUGGCAGCUCGUGGUGGAGUCCCUGGUGGAUGAAGUGGAGGGGAGAAAGUUGGCGGACUGCUGCUUUGAGGCUGUGACGUGCUGCAAUGAGACGCUGAGCAGACCCCAAGGGGACCCCAGCCACUGCCCUGCCACGUGGGACGGCUGGCACUGUUUCGGCCCUACCCCGCCUGGCACUUCGGUCUCCUUCACCUGCCCUCACUACGCCUACAGGGGCUUGCCGGAGUGCGCCCUCGAGGGCCACAAACACUGCCAGGCUGACGGGAACUGGACAGUGGACGAGAAGGGAGCGGAGAUAACAGACUACUCCACAUGCAGCCACCACCACCACCACCUCCUCCUCUACAGCUGGGAGGCCGCUACACACGCCAUCUCCCUCCUUGCACUCCCUCCUGCCCUCUUCGUCCUCCUCUACUACAGACAGUUGCGUGUUCAGAGGUUCCUUUUGCACGUGCACCUUUUCGUGGCACUGCUGGGGAAGGCUCUGUUUAACUUCAUUGACAACCUGGCACUCCGAAUUCCAGAGUACAAGGAGGACGCCUCGCAGCUGGACGAGAACACAGUGGCUUGUCGAGUCCUUGUUUUCUUCGCUAAAGGAUUCAACUUGGCGGUCUGGACGUGGAUGUUGGCUGAGUCUCUCUAUCUCCACCGCCUCAUUGUCGCAGCCUUCAGAGGGGGUGGCAAGACUUGGGUGUACGUCCUCGUGGGCUGGGUCCCAGCGCUGGUGGUGGCGUUGUGCUGGGCUGCUGGCAAGGCGGUGCUGGAGGACGCGGAGUGCUGGCUGGGACACGACCCCUCCACCAGCCACCAGCUCCACCUUAUCUUUGACAUCCCUAAACUCAUCAUCCUUUUAGUGAACACUGUACUGCUGGCUAACAUGACUCGAGUGCUGGUGACGAAGCUACAGGGAGUGAACGCCGACUACGCCACUGCCACCAGGAACGCCGUCAAAGCCACCGUCUUCCUGCUCCCUAUGUUCGGCCUGCAGUUCUUCCUGACACUGUACCUGCCGUCUCCCUCCACCAGGUGUGCGUGGACUCAGGUGUAUUUCAUCGUGGCCACGGCGCUGGACGGCUUGCAGGGGCUGUACGUGUCCGUGGUGUACUGCUACAUCAAUAAGGAGGUGAGGCUGCAGGUGCGUCGUUCCGUGUACCGCGUGAAAGGUCGUCUCUAUGCCCAGGGCCACUCCACCACCACCCACGACCCCCGCACCAACAUCAGCCUUCUCAGCACCUCCCACGCCCCACCCCUGGAGACGGACAUCACCAUCACCACCUCCACUUAGAGAGAGAGAGAGAGAGAGAGAGAGAGAGGGAGGGGAGACGGGGGGGGGGAGCGAACGGGUGAAGGAGGUAUGAGAAGCAUAGGGGAGAGGAAGAGGGAUGAACGGGAGGAUGGUGUGGAUAGCAGGCAGACACGCUAGCCGGGUUAGGUCAAAAGUAGCUGUAGCCAAUGGCAACUGAAAUGAAUAAAGGAUGACAGAUGUCACUUUUGUUUGAAAUAUAGGUGGGAAAAACUGUUUCAUUAAGGACCCGAUACAUACAUACAUACAUACAUGCAUACAUACAUAUGAGUGUAUUUAUUUCUUGGUGUAUCGUAUGUAUACAUAUAUAGACAUUACUGUAUUCGUGUUGAUUCAGGCAAAUUAAUCUUGAUAUUGUUGCCAAACGCCUCCCGUACAAAAGUCGUCGCCGUGAUCGGCAGGGAUUUGUUUAUCUUGAGCCUUCGCCGCCUACGCAUGGCAAGGCUCCGGCAGUGAGAGACGCUGAAAAAGUGGAGACGAAUAUACUGAUAACAGUUAUACUAACGAAGAGACUAUUGUGUGUCUCUGUAGCCUCUCAGAAAUCAGAGGUUAACUAUGUAUACACCGCUGAGGACACAAAGUGGACAGUGGUGUGUGGGUGCCCGCUGCUGGUGACAAGGAUAGCCGCCAGUCGCCACCAAAUCCUCUUUGGGUAACGUUAGUAAUAUAUUGUAUAACUCUUCAUUUCACGGCGCUGCCAUAUCAUAACCUGACGUUAGUGACCUCUAAGACAACACAUCAGUGAACUAACACCUGUAGAUACUUAAAAACCCCAAUAAUGCAAGCUUUUAUUUUGUCAACAAUACAGUCCCCUGACCCGCUGCCUCUCUCUCAGCCGUUAUCUGCCUCAUCUCUCUCUCAUUACGGGCCAGACAGGUCACAAAGUGGAGCCAUAGGCCUAAUCUUUCAUGUCCGUUGUUGAAAUAUAUCGUCAAUUUCCUAGUAUAUAUGUUACGGAGACCCAGGGAGGGAAAGCAGGCCAGGACGUGACGUCACAAGCCGCCAUGUUGUGACGUCAUUACAGGCUCCCGCCCAAAUGGUCUGCCGGUCCCAGAUUGUCGACUUCCACAUUAUUUAGAUUGGUCUCAGUUAAUUUAUUUCGUGUCACAAGUACCUUUUAAGUGUUUCUCUUGAUAGUUCGUUGUGUUUUACGUGUCUUCGAUGCUUGAGUUGAGUGAAGUACGGUGAUUUAGAGACUGUUCAUGACUCAACUGUGAGGGCGAAAAUACGCAAAAAUUUUACCCCGCUGUCAGUGAUUUUUUGUUUGAGGUUGUAGCGAAGUGUUAGUGCUUUUAAAGACAGGUUUAUGAUGAAAAAAGUGUGUAGGACUCCUGAUAAGUUAAAUAUGUGGACUUUAAGAGUGAUUUGUAGCCGUGUUAAAAUAUUGAAACACGUCAUUUUUUAAAUAUUUAUUUUUUUAAUUCAGCUUGUUGCCAGGUUUUGAUAUAUUGAAAUAAGAGUUAUAAUUUUUAAAGAACGUUAUCGAUCCUGUUCAAGGAAAUUGGUGGACUUUGGAAUUGUUUUUAAUCGUGUCGAAGUUCCAACAUUUUAUUUAAUAUAUUUUUUGAAAUAU